CCCCAAGCAGAAACACAUUCACUUAAGGCAUUUCAUUGGCUACGCUCUACUUCAACUCGCCUAUACCCUCUUCUCUUCACGACAACUAACGAACGAGAUGGCGCUUUCCACUUUCUUCACAGAGCCAUUCUACUCCCUCGCUGACUUUGACCGCCUCUUCGACGAGGCGUUCUCUGCGCGCGCUGGGCACCAGAACAGCGGCCGCCAGCUGCAGCAGCAGGAUGGGUCUUCGCGCUGGCUCCGUCCAAGGAUGGACCUGCAUGAGGACAACCAGCAGAACCUCGUGACGGCGACGUUCGAGCUGCCCGGGCUCAACAAGGAGAACGUGUCGAUCGACGUCCACAACGGGGUCCUGACCGUGUCGGGCGGGUCCACGGUCGAGGACAAGCGCGAUGAGAACGGGUACGCCGUCCGCGAGCGGCGGGUUGGCAAGUUCUCGCGCUCGAUCGCGCUCCCUCAGGGCAUCCAGGAGGAGAACAUCCGGGCAUCGAUGGAGAACGGCGUGUUGACCGUUACGUUCCCGAAGACGACGCCAGAGAUGGCGCCGAAGAAGAUCACGAUCGCGUGAACGCGCUUUGCGGAUCGUGGGGGUUGCAAUUUGCGAACCUGGAGUACUCGGGUCGGCAGCACUUGUCUGCUGUGAUUCGCUUGUAGUAUUGCGGGUUCGAGCGUAAUACAGAUCGGUUUCCUCUGAGAA